GCGGAGCAGGCGGGGUGAUCAUGGCGGAAGGCGGAGGCGCGGAGGCGGAGAAAAAACGCGGCGAGAUAACGAUUCGGCCAGGCCCUCUGUUCCCUCCUCGGUGGGGUGCACACCAAAACACCGCCACAACAGCGCUUGAGUUGAUCGUGAAACGAGUGACAGCAAUAAUAAUGUCGGUGAGAGAGGUGUCGAGCGCAGAGUUCUACCAGCUUUCACGGAGAACGGAGGGGAAGCUAUUGGUGGCACAGUUCACCGCGACUUGGUGUGGACCGUGCCGGCGGAUUGCUCCUCAAUAUGAAGCCCUGGCGAGGAGGAUGCCGGAGGUGGAGUUCGUCAAGGUGUACGAACACAACAGUCGAGACGCCAUCAUCGCGUCGGGGGUGCGGUCCUUCCCCACUUUCCACUUCUACCUCGGCGGAGCAAAGGUCGACGAGUGCCGUGGAGCGAAUAUCGCAAACGUGGAGCAGAAAGCGAGUCAGCACCAGGCGGCCGCAAGCUCCGCGGGGGGUCCCGUCAUGGUCAAGCUCCGCUUCGAGCGACAGAAACCCAGGGAGAGCGGCGAGGGCUUCAUCCUGGUGGCGCAAGAGACGGACGUAGAAGUUCACGCGUCCGAGGGGCUAGAAUUCUUCAAGUUUCAGGUGCUCUCUUUAACCGACAUCGAGACGAAGGAGCAAACCCUCGCCGCGGGCGACUCUAGCACCCCCAUAGACAGCGACGCCGACCUCACGGCCGCGCUAAGGAAGAUGGGGGGUGGGGUGUACGGCAAUUACCCUGUCAUACGGGUCUCGAAACGCUCGAACGUUGCACGAGGAGGAGCAAGCGCGGGCCGGGCCUCGGCAGCGACAGCGGCGGGGGCAACCGCGUCUAAGGUCGACUGGGAGGGAUGCUGCUCCCGAACCAUCCCGUUGGCUGUGCUUUCUCCUCCCGCUCGUGCUCUCUCACCCGCAAGGUUCUUCGGGGGGAGGGCCGUGAUCCAGCCGGCGUACGUCAUCCGCGAAGAGACACUCCUGCCCGAGGGGGAACUCAGCCCCCUCCAGAAGAAGAAGGCCGGGCCAGAGGCAAUCCUCGUUGUCUGCAAGGCCUGUGCGGAGAACUGCUUUGUUCCCGGAAGGGCCGGGCCCAGCGCCGCUAUCUCAACAGCCGCAGCGUUCGUGUGCCAGUCCAAGGAAGCGUGCGGGAAGGGCUACGGGUCCGACCUCUUCUCCGGCCGCGCAGACGCAGGGGCCGAGGUGCUCCCGCCGGGCUCCCCGCCCGCGGUAGCCGCCGAAGCCGCUGCCGCCGGCGCCGCCGACAAGGUUUACUACGCCGCCAGAGGGCUGCCGCCGGCGACCACCAAGAACAGUGACAACCCCGAGAUGGCCGACAUGAGGCGGCAGAUCGCGAGCGGGAUGAGGAGUGCCCUCGCUUACGAGGACGGCGCGCUGCAGGCCAAGGCCCGGGCCGUCCUUCCCACUGAGGGGGGGAGCAUUGUCGAGAAGGGGGCGGAGAUGGCCGCCGCGGGAGGGUUCUCUGAGGAAGAGGGCUUGGCUCGGGCGUUGUUGAGCUGGUUUAAGAAGGACUUCUUCAAGUGGACGAACAAGCCUCCGUGUUCCGGUUGCGGGGCGCGCGGCGCCUGCAUGCAGGGCAAGGGGGGCUGCGCCCCGACCCCCGAGGAAGCUUCGAGCAAGGCUUCCGUGGUCGAGCUGUACUUUUGCAAGGAGUGCGGGGCAGAGACGCGGUACCCCCGCUACAACGAUCCCGCCAAGCUACUGGAGACGCGGAACGGGCGAUGCGGCGAGUGGGCAAACUGCUUCACGCUCAUGUGCCGGGCGGUCGGGUUGGAGGCGAGGUGUGCAAGGGACUGGACUGACCACGUCUGGACCGAGAUCUGGAUCCCAGCUAGGAACGCAUGGGUGCACGCUGACGCCUGCGAGAACAAGCUCGACAAGCCACUUAUGUACGAGCAAGGCUGGAACAAGAGGCUGUCCUACGUCGUCGCCUUCGGCAAGGACGGCGCGGUCGACGUAACGCGAAGAUACACGCGUCGUUGGCUACAGGUGCUGUCGCGCCGAAAUUUGGUCCCAGAGAAGUGGCUGGCCGGCGUCAUCGGCAGCCACUCGGCAGCGAGAACGGCGACGAUCGUUGCCAGGCUCGCUGAAGAGCAGAGGGAGCUCCAGCGGUACGAAUCGAUGCGCUGUGACGGCGACGGUCUCGACACUGAGGAAAAGGAGGGUCGGCAGUCGGGGGACGCCGAAUGGAUCGCGUCUCGCGGGGAGGGGGGCGGUCCCGCCGGAGCAGCCGGAGGGUCACCACAGACGGCGGCGGCGGCGGCGGCGGCUUCUCCGUUUACCGGCGUGCCGAUGGCCAGUCUCCAACCGGGCGGCGGUCUCGCUCUCUGCGUGGCGGCCGUCGUGGAACGUCCCGGGGACGCUUCCGUCCUCGUGGGCGGGGCCACGGUGUGUCGGCUGUCGGAGGGUGGUAGGGGCCACCGCGGGGCCGUCUGCGUCGCCGCCGUUUCGGCGACCACCGGGGUUCUCCUCGGCGCGAACACGUUCGUGCUCGGCAGCGAGGCUGACUUCGCCGCGGCAGCGUGGUUGGACGGCCUGCCUGACGGCGCCGUGGUAGCCGUCGCGGCCGCCGCCGGCGGGCAGCGGAAGGAGCAAGCGGGCCUUGGCGCCGGGCUUACGGAGGCGAUGUUGGUGCAGCUCUUCGGGGAAGGUAGCCCAGAUACCGAUCCCUUCGAUGGUACGUCGAAGCCUUCGGACGACGAGAGCACGCCAACGGCGAUCGCGGUCGUGGGCUUGAGGAAGGGACCGACCGGUGCCCGGAGAUGGGCUCGCCGUCAGCACCGGGGCGAAGACGGUGGCGGCGGGCGCUGCGCCCUGUACGCGGAAAUCCUGCUGCCCCCCCCCGCCUCGGGCCGCGCCGCCGCCGUGCAGGUCGAACUGCAGGACAAGCUUUCCCUGUGCCCGCUGAAAUCGCUGCAAGCCGAAGGCGAUGCGGUGGCGGCAGCGACCACGCCGUCUGCGGCGGCGGUUUCUGCGCCCGCCCGCGGAACCUGCCGCCGCGCGGGGGAACCGACGGUGUCGGUGGGGCCGUCGGUCGACCUGGUUGACUGCCCGGGCUGGACGACCGUGCUCCAACUUCCCGGGGACGAGGCGGGGGGUGCGUCGGCCGACGACGCGGAGAAGGAGGAGGUGUCGGCGGUGCCCCCUGUAGGCUGGGUGGUGACGACGGUUCACCCUGCGGUCGGCGGGACGCACGAGGACACGGAGGAGUUCGAUGACGGGCCGGUCGGGUGCCCCGCGUUUGUCAUGGGCGGCUCCCCCGUCGCGCUAACGGUGGACGGCAGCGUGCCCCCGUUCCUGCCGGCCGGCCGCGUGCGAGAGAUCGUCGGGUGGAGCGGAGACGCCGUCAACGGCGUCCAGGUGGUCUACGACGUCCAAGGGGAUGCCGUCCGAGGGCCGACGCGGAUGGGCGACCACGGCCUGUACCGCCAAUCGAAUUUCGUGCUGGAUGUCGAGGGCGGAGAGGUGUUGACCGAGAUAUCCGUCAGGGCUGGGGCCAUCGUCGACAGCCUGCGGGUCAGGACGAACAAGGGCCGGGAAAGAACGUGGGGGGGCGCCGGCGGGCACCUGCAGCGAACCUGGCACGUUCAUACGGGGAGCUCGUUCCUGGGCUUUCACGGAGGCGUCGGGGGCCACUUGCACAGCCUCGGGGUAACUCUUGCUGAGAGGGGGGGGCAGGCAGCGGGGGCGAACGGCGAGAGUUCCCUGGCCCUUGACCCAGUCGUGAAGACCAACCUGUACGCCGCCGACAGAGUGGCGAGGGCGUGUGCCCAGUUUUUGGCGUUCAAUGCUCCGCCUCCCGUCGGCGGCAAGGCGGGGCGCUCCGCAGCCGCGUCGUCGCCAGCACUGCGGAGCCCCCUCCCUGGCCCGCCGGCUCUCGAGGAAGUCGUGACCGCGCUCGAGACCAUGCGCAAGUACGCCGACAAUCUCCUGGCGUCUCCCCUGGACCCGAAGGUUGCCCGCAUCCGCCUUGCGAACGGAUUCUUCGAUCGCAAGAUCGGCAGGCUGGCGGGAGGCGGAGGCGUCGUUCGCGCCAUGGGGUUCGGGCUUGCCGACGAAGGCGGCCGCAUGCAUUACGUCUUUCGGAGGCAGGGGGCUGGGGGCGGGCUCGGGGGACUCCGACGCGCGCGUCAGACCCUGAUCGAUUUUGCGGCGGCUUUGAAAUCGCCGGUUUAGGUAAAAACCGUCAAAAAACCGCGACACUCCGAAAUGUGCGGAGGGGUGGCACGUUGCACGUCCACCCGAAGAGGACGUAGUGAGCGAGUGUCGCUAGCGGCCACGCGAUCAUCACAAGUGAAUGCUUUAUGCGACCCCCUUUUGUUUCGGUGUCCGAUCUACGGCUGCCCGUGUGCGUAAUUCCUGGCUCCGUGAUCGGAGGUUGUUUUUGCCGGAGGAAAGAGAUGCCAGGCGGAGGUUGUUACGUUUUAGCGUACAAACGUCACGUUUUUUUAUUGUACCACAAGCGCUGAGCCAUCAGAAAGGGUGCUGGUCCCAAUCAGUGUGAAGAGGAAGUGCAUCGUAGUGUUGCACAUGGUGUUCCUGGUUCAGUUGCGUAAGUUCUGCAAGCGUCCCUUUGUGAAUGGAGUGGCGAUUGCAGCUGCUUCUCGUGAAUUGUAGGGCGAUCGAUGUGGUACUUGGUCGUGCUGCCUGCAACAGGCCACGAUGCAGAUCAUGAAUUGCAGGUAUCUUGUUUUCAGCUUUGGACUCUUGAUUGCGGGCCCCGGUAUAGCGAUUCUCUGUUCAACGGGAUGGCCUGUAUGGUAGCGGUUACAACAUUGCGUAACGCCGCUGCACUCUGGUUUAUCGGUGUUCCCACAUCCAUUCCGCGCACUUCAAUAUUAUGUUAUGCACACGUGUGGUGUGCAUUGUUGAACUUCGCCAUGUGCAUGAAAGUACUUGCACCCAUGCCAUUUUCUUUGUUCCCCUCGUUGAUAUAUAUAUAUAUACGAAGUAGUUUGUGGUAUGCGUAGGAUCUUUUACACAUUCUGUAGUUGUGUUUAUUUCGAUUUCCCUCCUAGGACUGGGAGGAGGGCUGGGCAGGUUGACGGGAACAGCUGUGGACGAGCACUACGCACGGUAGUCUAGCACUCCCUGGGUUCGGACUGGUGUAAGGAGCCUUUGACGGUGCAUCUUGAUUUUUCCUCUCUUGUCGUGAUAUUAUUGUCCACUACGCUCUAUUAGCCUAUUUCUUAGUCUAUUUAGCUCUUCUACCUGGUACAACACCGAAAUAUACCAUUUAUUUUGACUUCGAGUUGGGGCGAUGCGCUUUUACACCGCUCUUCGAGGGUUUUCUGUAGGCCUUUCUGGUGAAGUCUUCGUUUCACAAUAAGGAAUUUUGAGUUUUGUAUUUCUUGAGGUGUGGGCAUUUUCGGAUUCUCUUCCCUGCUGUAUACAGCUGCUGUGGAUCCUGUUGUACCUUGUUUUCAAGGUUGGUUAGCUUGUGGCCCACGGAAGUCGUUUCGUCCAAAUGAGGAGAUGAUACUGCUGAAAGGUAUCGGAUAUUGUAGGCGAGAGACUUUCAAUGAAGAUCAAAUGACGACCUCACCCUGCAAGCCGUCAUGUACAAUAAGGCUG